AUGAAGCGUUUUGUGUUUCUGGUGUGUGCGGUGUCUGCGAUAGCUGAGGACUCGCUGCAGAAGAGUAGAGACAUGGCAGGAAGAGAUUCUAACCGCGAGGAAAUCAAGAGUAUCACCAUCUCGAGAGAAGUCCAAGUGCCGUACCCAGUUCACGUCACAAAAGAAGUUCCGUACCCUGUGAAGAUUCUAGUGAAGAGGCCAGUUGCAGUUCAUGUACCUCUGCAUUACCCGGUGGAGGUGAAGAAGACGGUCGGCUACCCGGUGAAGAAGUAUGUCCCAUUGCGUUAUCCUGUCGUAAAGAAGGUGCACUAUCCUGUCAAAUACCACGUGAUGAGGUCGUAUCCAGUACGUUUAUCGAAACCGUAUCCCGUCUUCGUGAAGAGAAAAUCCCUGUACCCGAUAGUGAAGCACGUUCCGUUCCCGGUGAAGGUUCCAGUAGAACAUCCAGUUCCGGUGCAUGUCCCUGUGGUAAAACACGUACCAUACCCGGUACACAAAGACACAUUUUUCCCCGUGAAGGUGCCAGUGGAAACUCCUAUUCCUUAUUUUGUCGAUGAGCCAUACCCAGUCCUGGUCGAUAAGAAAGUGCCAUUCCCAGUUGUGAGAGAGAUACCCCAUGCAGUGAAGGUACGUGAGCCAGCCCCAGUUUACGAGCACAAAAACUAUCCGAGUGUUCAUGAACACAGUGAUAUGUUUAGAACAGACUUUUCUGGAUGGUGA